CGUUGCCGUUGGUGUCAGAGAUGCAGCUAUGCGGGAAUUCACGUCUGAGCAGACGAGAACAAUCCCUCAGAUUAGCACUUGACCUGCAGGAUUUGUUGUUGGAAAGGUAUCCAAUUCACCGGUAGUGACACGCCGAGUAAGAGCAGACAGAAUGAUCUAGAUUUCCAUUCAUAUUCCGGAGGAACGUUGUCACAAGUGCGUCUGCUAUGUCGUGAUUGGACUCAUAGUCGCAUGUAGUUUAUUUUACGCAUGGAGAAGGCUUGUCUAAGUGACCAAAGUGGAGCCAUGGCGGGUUUUACGCAGAUGUCUGUUCGAUUCUUUGGGAGGCAUUUUUGGCGGAGUGUGCAUUUCUCAUUAGUCAUCUGAGAUCUGAUAAUGUGUGAUAUUCCUGCUGUCGGUGGAAACCUAUAAUCCCUCCCUGAUUACCGCGCACAGAUGGAUUGUGUCCUGUCGGCCGUCCGGGUAACAUCGGGGCCUUAUCGACCGAAUUUUACCGCUAUGCUCGCGUCUUGAUCGCUGAACACAAGCAAUUUGGGGCAGGACGUCUUCUCCACUCUAUCGUCCGUGCCAAAAUGAGGAGAGCUGUACUCAAAGAAGCCGCCAAGCGAUUUCCCUGGCUGGCCAAUGUCACUUUGUACGGGUGCUUAUUCGCCGGCGGUGACCUAGUCCACCAGCUCAUCGCCCAGAAGGAGCGCAUGGACUGGAAACACACUCGCAAUGUUGCCAUCGUGGCAAUCAGUUUCCAUGGAAACUUUAAUUACUUUUGGCUACGAGCCCUGGAGAGCCGUUUCCCCGGGAAGUCCGCCGGGAUGGUUUUCCGGAAACUUCUGCUGGACCAAAGCUUCGCGUCACCAUUGGCGACCAGUGUCUUCUACACAGGGGUGAGCUUUUUGGAGGCUAAGGAGGACAUCUUUGAAGACUGGAGGGAGAAGUUCUUCAACACCUGGAAGACUGGACUCAUGUACUGGCCAUUCAUGCAGUUUCUCAACUUCGUCCUUAUGCCGCUGUACAUGAGAACGGCCUUCAUGGGCUGCUGCGCCUUCCUCUGGGCCACGUUCCUGUGCUUCUCGCGGCAGAGCGGUGACGGCACCGCCGGCGUGGCUUUGGCGUUCGUCAUGGACCCCCGUAAAACCCUGGAAGACAUGCGUCAGGCUCGCCUGGCCCGGAAGAAGCAAAGGACCCAGAGGGAAAACUAAAAGCAGCACGGAGAGCUGAACAGCUGGAAAGCGAAUGUCGUCUCGAUGAGUCAUCUCAUUACCUGUCACAUACGCACACAAGAGUUUGACUGUUACAGAGACUGAAGGCCGGUGUAAUUAUGGUAACACGAGCUUUGGCAAAUGUGGGCAUUUACCUGGCAGGUAGUCUGAUGAAAGAUCCAGUAAAUGGUUUCAAAAACACUUGAUGUCAGGCAGCUAAAUAGACCAAAGAAGACAUCAUAGUGCGUGAUAAUAAGACAGUCUGAAGCCACAAAGAAGCUGGGUCUACUUUGUCUUGAGUGUGGUGUAGCAGAAAAGGCAUGGUGGUUGUUAAAACUGAAUAGGUUCGUGCUCAGGGGAGCUUGAAGGUCAAUUAACUCAUUAGAUGUGGAUUUUUCUUGACUAAUAAUGAUUGUUUGGCCCUAGUGAAGCUGCUAGAUGUCACCAGAUUCAUCCUCAGGGAGCAGGAGCACACAACCAGGGUUUUAUAAUCUAACAAGUAAAGGUUGAGAUAUUUUGCUCUGAACCAAAGCAACAUAACUCUAAAAUGGUCCAAGUGAUGAAGCAUGACACAGCGUUUACAUCUUUACUGAUGUGCAUAGGAUGAUGUUGAGACUGGGUCUGUGGAGGAUUGAGGUUAAAGGGCAGUUCAGUUGCAAUGAAGUUGGUUGGUUGUUGUGCUGGAGACACUGGUUUGACCUGAGCGCACAGAGCUUAAUAUUUCUGCUUUACACCAGUCGUGCCUUUUCCUGGUGACAAGACUGUCCCUGACUGCAGGUCUGUGAGCUCACGAAGUUUGGCUGACUGGUGGCAGUCAAUAGUAAUAAUCAAUAAUCAAAUUUGGAAACGCCCUCUGGGGUGGGUGAAGGUUUUCAGCAGUUUCGGGUAUGUUAUGCAAGUCUGAGUUGGACAUAAGGAUGUCAGAGGAAGAGGUUAAGUUUUCUUCAAGUUAAGUGAGCACAAAAUGUGAAGCUGAAGCCAGCAGGCGAAAGAACUGGUAGCAGAUUUGGUUAUUCUUCUAGCCUAAGUCACCAGCCCACGGACUGUGGUUUAAUAUUAGAGAACAAAUUUUAUUUAACUCUCUAUUUAAAAGAAAAAUCCUUCCUUUAAGCCAGAGAACAAUUAUGGAUUAUUAACUGUCCCCCAUUCUCCUAGUUUGAAAUAUUCAGUAUCUUAAUCCUGUCGUCUUACUUGAACCAACUACUAGGAUGCCAUCAGCCCAGGUACCUUAUCAUGUAACAUGUCACUCACCCGAGCCAGACUCUUAAAUCACUCCUUUAGAUUUAGCAGAGCUCAAACACUUGAGAUGUAAUGAUGUAGAUUCUGACUUACUGAAAACCUAGGCUGCACCGUACACGACUUGAUAUAAAUCCUAUAAAUAGAAAAAUGUAAAUUGUAUAACAGUGUGUUUUUGAAUGUGUAAAACAAACGUUAAACUUCAUAGAAUGAAAAUCCUUUUUAUGGCAUUAUGAUCGCUGGUUUACAGCCAACUGUGAGAACCUCAGCUAUUCUGCCGUACUUGUACUUUGAUAUUUUCUGAAGUAGGACGCUUCUUUGUUGUGUGACAGUAAACUUGAUACCAAUAAACUGGUCA